AUGUGCCUCUUCUCCUCCUGCUGCGCGACUGAGGACGACAUCGACGAAACCGAUUGCGGCGAGUGUUCCCAACAGUGCGAAUUUAUCGAAGAAAUCGCGCACUUUUGUUCCUCUUCCGUUUCUUCUUCUUCUUCCUCUUUGCGAGAGACGUCGUACGUUUUUUUCUCUCUAAACUGUCAACUCCUGCGAGGCGUCUGUCGAGGCCAGGGCGGAAGGCCAUCGUACCUUCUCUUACGCGCGGCGUGCUUGGCGAAUCGAUUGGCAUCGAUCGAGGAAUUCGUGGACGCGAUCGCCUUGCAAGAGUGUUUCGAUGAAGAGAGCACUUCGCUUUUGAUCAGAAAGCUCUCCGCGUAUUUUCCUCACGUGAUUCGAGGAAAAGCGAAGAGCGGGUUGGUGAUUUUGAGCAAACUUCCGGUGAGACACAGCGUUUUCCACGAAUUUAAAACGUCCUCAGGAGGCGAGAGAUUGUUUUUUAACAAAGGCGUGCUCGGAGUCGCGCUGAGCGAUCCGGACGAGGACACGACCGUGUGCAUGUUUAACGCGCAUCUUCAGUCUGACUUCUGGCGCGAGUCGAGGGAAACCCGAGAGGAGCAAGCGAAGGAAAUGAAGACGUUCGUUCAGAAAUCGAUACACUCGCGAGUAUUCGUUGGAUCAGCAUCGAGCGAUGUUAUUGAUGCGGCGGUGGUAUGUGGUGACUUGAAUUGCAUCGCAGGGAGCGCAGAGUAUGAGAAAAUAAUGGAAGUGCUCGGCGGCGAAAAACAAACGUUUCGCGAUACGCUUCCGAUCGGGGACGACGACGACGAGUCUUUACAGACGUUUCCAGAGUGCAUGUAUUCUCUAAAAAAAGGGAGAUACGUCGUCGUGGAUGAAACGACGAAGAAGAAAAGAUUGGACUAUAUUUUCGAGAUCAGCGAAGAAGGAGAGGUGAAGAUGUCGAGGAGAAGAAAAACCAAAGCUCGGGUCGUUCGCGCGCUUCGGGACGAUAACAACGUCCCGUUAUCGGAUCAUCGCGGCAUCAUAGCCGCUAUCGAACGCGUGUAUAAUUAA